AUACUUUUUCUAAUAUUCGAAAAUCUGUUGUUUUAUAUUUGAAAAAUAUCAAAUGUUUUUUUUUAUUAUUAACAGAAAUGACGUUAGUAGUCAUGGCCGGAAAGACUACACGCGAAAGUUUGUAAUGUCUAUUUAAAAAGGAUUAACGAAACUAUACUUCCUACUUUGUGGACGUAAUGAAUGAUCUUCUUUAUAUAUAAGGAUAGUUCAGGAUGGAUAAUAUAUAAAUAGGCAUACACAAUUUUGAACGCUGUGGACGCCUAAAUGAUGUAUUCACACUUCUGAAGUUCGUAAAUCUCAAGAUUCAUCAGACGCUGGUUUGCUUUGGGGAUUCGAAAAAGUUUUUUUCUGUGUUCAUCACAUAUGGCAACAUUGAUUUUAUUUUAGAAUAGCUUUCAAAAGCGUACAAUUUCAAAAUAAGAUUACGUAUGUGAUGUUCAGUAACAGCUUUUGCAUUUGAACACGAACAUGUUUAUUUCGAUGGUGUUCAUAUAUUUUGGAUAGUUAUGGAUUUUCUGUGAACAAGCAAACAAACUGUACACAAAAUUAGUUUUAUUUUCUUGCCAAAAGAUCAUGUGUAUGAUCAUGAUGGGACUCUGAGUUGGUGAUUUUUUAGAUUUUUAAAAAGACACAAAUAUUCAUACAAAAUAACAGCAUUGUACAGGAUUAAUAUGUUUUGAUAUUUUUGUUCAAAAUGGCAGAGAUUGUAAUUCGACCAGAUCGUCUUUAUCCUGUCAUAAUGCAGCAAGAAGUCUGCGUUAAUGAGGAUGCAGUGAAACAGACUGAAGAAAAGAUGGCCGAGAAGAGAACAGAAGAAAAGACGGGGACCAUAAGUCUUAUAGAUGGAAAACAAAAUUAUAAACGCAAACCACAAAAACAGACAUCAAAUAGUUGCUCUGCAUCUAGAUUAUGGGUAUUUUUUUCCGUAUUAUUUUUUCUGACCACCGUAGCGGCUGUGGCAGCAUUUAUAUGGAGACACUCCUUUUAUGACGAAUCCAGAAAAGCACCAGUAUAUGAAUGUGUGAAUGGUACACAAAAUAAUACGAAAAUUAUAUUUCAAAGAUACGGUGGAUUUUUUCGAAACAGAACGGAACAGAGUAUCUUUGCAAAGCAAUUUUACCAGAACGAACAGAAACAUGUGGUAUAUGCAAACCAGACGUUAAGGCCAUAUUAUUCUUCAGGUUGUACAUUUACCUGUAAGCCUCAACCUCCAUCCAGAAAGAAAAGACAAGUGCAAUUAGCAAACACGCAUUUCCAUGCUUGCUGUAUUUCUGAAACAUCUUUUAUAAGUCCUGAUGAAUUACCUGGCAUUGAUGAUAUACCUAGAACUCUUGCCCAUUUCGACGACCUGGAUAAGCGACAAUAUUUUCAAACACAAAGUUGCCAACAAGUGCUUGGAUGUAAUGGAUGCCGAUGUACACAGGCGAUAGACACUCAUACCGCCCUUAUUGAAGCAAAUAAAUCAGAUGACGACAAGUUUGUUGUUGAAAUGGGACGUUUCAAGAUAUAUAGCGGUGGAUAA